GGGUCUUGUCUAGAGGUUUAUGGAUGUGUCCGCCGGGCCGCGCUAAGAAUAUUUACGCUCUAGGUGACCUAUAUCAAUUGCGUUAUCGGACCUCAUCCAGCAGGUCAUGUUACGGAGACCCGCUUCAUUAGUACUGAAGUGGUUCGAGAAACCGAAUAUAAAGCAUCACACAAUAACCGGAUUCCGUUCAAACCACUUUGCAGGCAGAUCAUCCAUAAUGACCGUAUCUACACUCCCUCUGAAUGACGGAAACCAGGAUGCUAUCCGCCUUGCUCUCGACAAUGGCUUUACGCACCUCGAUGGUGCGCAAGUCUAUGGCAAUGAGAACACAUUGGGGAAUGGGAUAGUAGCUUCUGGCAAGUCCAGGUCCGAGCUCUUCAUAACGACAAAGCUCGGACAAUUGCAGCCUGGUGCAACUCCCAAGAGCGCACUCCAGGAGUCCUUGAGGAAACUCAAAGUGGAUUACGUCGAUUUAUACCUUGUACACCAAGCCAGCAACCAUGUCGGGAAGCUGAAGGAGGUCUGGAAAGGGAUGGAAGAGGCUCAGAAGGCGGGCUUAACCAAGUCCAUCGGAGUUUCUAACUUCACUGCUGACCACCUGAAGACUAUAUUGGAAAUUGCCACUAUAACCCCCGCGGUCAACCAGGUCGAGGCUCAUCCAUAUGUAUGGCAAGCAUUGCAGCCAAAUCUUGCCAUCCAUGACCAAUACAAAAUCGUUACGUCAUCGUACGCUGGUUUAUCACCUCUUUUCCGGGGAAAAGGUGGUCCACUAGAUCCUGUGAUUGAGCAAAUCCGCGCUCGUUUGCAGAAAACUCGUGGCGCCCCUGUGUCUGAUGGUCAGGUGUUGAACAAAUGGCUUCAACAGAAAGGUGUUCUUGUGGUAACAAUGUACCAGGAGCUUACAGUUGAGGAGAUCGCGCUUAUAGACACUACUGGAGCAAAACUUCACAAAAGAUACUUCCCUGGAAACUGGCCGUCCGAGUAAGUCAGUGAUUAGUGUAGUGGGACAAUAUAAAUUUCCAUAAUUCACAUCGUGUCGUCGUAGAAGCCCAUGGCCGAAUCUCACUUGUAGAAUUUUUGAAAUGUGAAUAGUGCUAAAUCA